AAUUGAAUAUCCAUCACUAAAAAGAUACAAAUGGUAAUAAUGGCUCCUAUGAUCUCCUGACGUUAUAGUAUGGUUAUUUUCUUACAGAAUUUGACAUAUCGGACAUAUGUGAAAAUGUAAAGAUGCAUGUUCAAAAGUUUGCCUUCUAUUGCCGUCAUGAUGAACAAAGUUACAAAAAAGCGGUUCUGAGCAACAAUGUCGAUGUAAUUGACCACAAGUGAUGUCAUGACUCGUGCUGUUUCUCGGUCACGACUUCCAACCCUUAUAUCUAUUAUAUCUUCCUGGGCAUCAGGUAGUAUUCAAAUCAACUCUGCAUCAACACUCUUCGCCGGAAAUAGUGAAAUUGUUUAACUCACUUGUACCGCAACAUGACCGACUCACAGUUCCAAAAGGGGCACGAAGUCCCCGUGACUCAUCAGGAAUUUCCCGGCAAGGAGCACAAACUGCCUUUACAAGCCCAGUAUGACACCCUGCCCACCGACGAGGGCGGGUAUCAGAAGUACAAGGCCGCCGGCAAGCUGCAGGGCAAGAAAGCCCUCAUCACGGGCGGCGACUCAGGAAUCGGCCGGGCAACCGCCAUCCUGUUCGCUUUGGAGGGCGCCGACUCCUUCAUCGUCUACCUCCCGGACGAGGAGAAGGAUGCGCAAGAGACGAAACGCAUGGUCGAAUCGCACGGGCAGCAAUGUCACCUCCUGUCCACCGACCUGACUAGCAAGGAUAACUGUAAAACGGUCGUUGAUGAAGCGCUGAAAAAGCUAGGCGGCAUCAACAUCCUUUUUAACAACGCCGCAUACCAACUGGUGAAGAGCAACAUCCACGAAUUGAGCGAGGACCAAUGGCUACACACCUUCAACACCAACAUCCACCCAUUCUUCUACCUCUCCAAAUACGCCCUCCCGCACAUGGGUCGCGGAUCCACCAUCAUCAACAACGCCAGCAUCAACGCCUACAUCGGGCGACCGGACCUGCUGGACUACACCUCGACGAAAGGCGCCAUCGUCUCCUUCACGCGCGGGCUGAGCAACCAAUUCGUGGACAAAGGCAUCCGGGUCAACGCCGUGGCCCCCGGCCCCGUGUGGACGCCUCUGAUCCCGUCGACCAUGGACGACGAGGCGCAGAAGUCGUUCACGAGCCCCAUGGGCCGGCCCGCGCAGCCGAGCGAGGUGGCCGCGUGCGUCGUAUUCCUUGCGGCGGCGGACAGCUCGGCAAUCAGCGGCCAGACGAUCCAUUGUAAUGGAGGCGUUAUUGUCAAUGGUUAAGGAGGUGGUGUCGCUCGUGCGGAAUGAGAGAGAUUAGGGGGAGGGGAAAUACCCCCCCAAAAACCUGGGUGUGACUGCGAGGUUAUAUGAUAAAAAGGCUUCGUUAGGCUACCGUAUUAAUGAAUUAUGAGAUCUAUGAUAACAUCUCGGUUCCGUUAGCCCGUGAUUGUUGAGUAUUACCCCGGCCCAAACUACUUGGCCGGGAUUAAAAGUCUUGACAUCCAGUGCGCAGUGAUUAUAACCUUGCCUCAUUUGAGAUUCGUGGUAAAACU